UGUCACCACAGAUUAAAUAGAUUUGUCAUUUAUAUGAUGUGAUGGCCGUCGUUUUGUGAUGUUUUGGUUUUUUCAUUGGAUUUCGUUUCGCCAUCAAACAGUACAAAAGUAAGAAAAAAAAAUCGUAGCAGGAAUUCGUAAAUAGAACUGUCGAAUAAUAUUUGCGAUGUAUUGCGUGUAUGUGAGACGGUUGUCGUGACUCGGGCGGACGAGCAGUAGCUCGCGAGAACGUACGGCUGUUUGGUGGUCGGCAGUGGAGUAUGCCCCAUGAUAGUGGUCGGACGCGAGCGCAGUAAGAUGCCCUGCGAGAGCUGUGCGGUCCAGUUCAGCGUGUUCAAGCGCAAGCGGGCGUGCUCGGAGUGCGAGCGCUACUACUGCAGCGGCUGCCUGCGGCGCGGCGGCGGCAGCAUGUGCGCCGCCUGCCGCGUCCUCACCACCCGCCCGCUGGCGCGCCAGUACAUCGCACACCUGAAGGUGCGCGACCUGCAGUACUUCCUGCAGCGACAGAACGUCUCCACUCGAGGAUGUGUGGAGAAGGAGGAGCUGGUGAGCCUGUGCGUGUCGCACGUGAACAGCGCGGCGUACCGGCGGCGCGGCUCGCGCUCCGGCCCCUUCACCGCGCUCAAGGGCAUCACCACCAACAUCAACGAGUUCAUCACGUCCGCCUUCGACCUGCGCGCGCCCAACUCCUCGCAGCCCAACAACACCACUUGCAGAAGUAGCUGCCACAACACCACACAUGUGCACCCGCCGGCCGACGACUCGUCCGACAUUCCCGACCGACGGUUCACGCCUACUCCGGGGGGCGAGCGCGACGUCCGCGUGUCCAUGCCCGAGCCGAGCGCGGCGGCGACGGCGCCCAGCCGCAUAGAGCUGGUGCAGGUCGACACCACGGACUGCUACGAGAUCGAGGACCUCGCCGACACCGGCUGGGAGUUUGUGCUCCGCCCCGCCGACCCGCUGCCCAACGACUCGGAGGUGCUGCUGCUGGCGGCCGAGCGCACGCCGCAGCGCGCCGCGUCCGAGCUGGAGCUGCGGCGCAGCGCGUCCGCGGCGUCGGGCGCCAGCCGCGGCUCCGUCGGCACCAUCAGCCUGCACGAGGAGAUCGUGUCCGAGCGCGCCGACUCGGCCGAUGUCAGUCCAGAGAGCCCUCCGGAGACGAUAGCGCUGGAGCACAUGAAGCAAAUGUCGGAGCUGGAGCUGCUGAGCGCCAAGCAGCUGAAGGAGCUGCUGUGGCGCAACCGCGUGGAGUACCGCGGCUGCCUGGAGCGCGCCGACCUGCUGGAGCGCGCCAAGCUGCUGUGGCGCGACCACGCGCAGUACAAAGACCAAAUGGACAACCUGCCGAUAGAGGACAGCUGCAAGAUCUGCAUGGCGGCGCCGCUGGAGUGCGUGCUGCUGGAGUGCGGCCACAUCGCCGCCUGCACCGCCUGCUCCAAGCAGCUGGCCGAGUGCCCCAUCUGCCGCCAGUACGUCGUGCGCGCCGUGCGCUUCUUCCGCUCCUAGCGCGCGCGCCACAGCCCGCCUGGCCGAGUGCCCCAUCUGCCGCCAGUAAAUAUCGUAUUUGUUUCCUAUCUCCAAGUAGACAUACGAUCAUAGUGACUUCAUUCUCUUACUUUACUCUUCCUUUCAUUCUCUUAUCUGCUCUGCUUCUAUCUCUAACUGUCCUUCCAUGAUUAUGACAUCUUCGUUAUCUGUUUAUAAUUAGAUAGGUAUAUAUAUAAAAAUAAUCAAUAAAAUCAGUUGUUAGGGCGCUUUUAGUGUCACGCGGAUUUGCUCACGCACGCGGGAUUGGACCGCAUGCGUAAAAUUUCACGCUGCGGAUCAUACGCAGCAUGAGUUUCAGUUUGCUACGGGCUGCGUAACGGUAUAGACGUGUUCAAAAAUGAUCAAUGUCAGAAGAAUAUCUAUCGCUUACAUACUUUACAAACGACGAAACAAGAAGACAAGAGUACAUGUUGAUCCCUUUCUUGAAAAUAGGCUUCUUGCUGGGGCGUUUGUUACACACUUUGGAAAACUACAAAAUAAUGAACGUAAAUUUAAAAAUUACUUUCGAAUGUCCAUUCGUUCUUUUGAUGAACUGUUGUGUAAAAUUGAGAAUAAGCUACAAAAACGCAGUUUACGAAGGAUUACAAUACAACCGAUUGAGAGGCUCGCUAUUACAUUAAGGUAAGUUUUAAAUUUUAAAUAUUUAAUUUCCUGCUAUGAUUUAGUGGAAAGGGAUUUGAACAGGUAGGAUAAACGUACCAAUCCCAAACCAGUAAAGGACUUUUUUGACUUCAAAUUACUGUCAUGUGUAAAUUUACAUGUGCAAAAAAAAAUUUUGUCAUGUACUCUGGUCAACUGCAAAAAUGUUAAACAAAAAUCAAAUCAAUGAUUUUUUCGGUAGUUGACCAUCGUGGUCAACUAUUGAGACAUCAUACAACACAUGUUCUAGUAAUUAUCCAGUCUAAAUAAACGGUAUAAUAAUGAUUUUUUGUUUGAAAUAUCGUAAAGUAACGCGUCAUUGGUUAUUAAUUGUUGAAAUUUCAUAAAAUAAGAUUAUUUUACUCAUAAAAUGUCACCAUUAACGUGGAAUCAUUCCUACCUUUCAUCACACGCUACUUAUUAUAAUAUAGAUAAAAGUUAUAGGUUUGCACAUGACAGUAAUUUAAAGUCAAAAAAAGUCCUUAAUUGGUUUGGGAUUGGUACGUUCAACGUAGGUGGAUACACAAUCCUUUUUUUUAUCUGAUAAAGUACACAUGGCCACAGAUCAAGUUACCCAAAACCAGCAUAAAUGGAACUCGCGCCUUGCGUAUUAUCAUACUUAGGUAACCCGUCGGAGUCCCGCUUAUACUGGAUUUGAGUAACUUGAUCUGUGCCGUGUGUACAACCGCACUCAUAUGACUAAACAUACAAUUAAUGAGAAACUGGAGAAAAAAAGUUAAUCGUACUCAUUUUAAUAAAAAGAGUUUUAUUCAUAAAUUAAAAAAUCAAAUUUUACAUCAUUCAUUUCUUUGUAAAUUUGUAUCCUGAGCGUUGACAUUUCUUUCGCCUGUAGACGAUGUUGUUGCUGGGGUAUAAAUUACGUCAUAAGACGUGAUAUUAAACAAGCCGCUUUCAGUCGAAAUAAGAGUUUCAUUGUCAUUCACUGCAGCAGAACUAAUAGCAUUGUCGUUAAGACUCGAAGUAUCCUGGAUUAUACUAUUGGUUUGGUAAUCUUGAUUUAUCGGUGACAAACUGUCAAGCUCAGUAAAAGCACUAGAACUUGUUGUAGGUAUGGGACUGUAGUAUGCAGGUUGUGUUUGACUUUCCAUUUCCAUAACUAUAUUUAACACUUUUGUUCUGAACAUUAGUUUUUGAUAUCUAGUGAAUCUUUUUAAUGAAGGCUGCAGAGACUGAAAGAAAGCCAAAUCCUCACUUUCUAGCUCCAGUUGAUUAGACUUUAAGCAUUCUAAUAACUGUGCCUCAAAUUCAGAUGGUGCUUGCUUUUUAGAUUUUACUUGUUUUUAUUUUGAUGUUGGGUGAGAACUUUCUUGACGUGAAGUAUCUGGUUGCGUGGACUCAUUACGUGUUUCUAAAUUACGUUGUGAUGUUAGUUGAGAACUUUCUUGACGUGAAGUAUCUGGUUGCGUGGACUCAUUACGUGUUUCUAAAUUACGUUGUGAUGUUAGUUGAGAACUUUCUUGACGUGAAGUAUCUGGUUGCGUGGACUCAUUACGUGUUUCUAAAUUACGUUGUGAUGUUAGUUGAGAACUUUCUUGACGUGAAGUAUCUGGUUGCGUGGACUCAUUACGUGUUUCUAAAUUACGUUGUGAUGUUAGUUGAGAACUUUCUUGACGUGAAGUAUCUGGUUGCGUGGACUCAUUACGUGUUUCUAAAUUACGUUGUGAUGUUAGUUGAGAACUUUCUUGACGUGAAGUAUCUGGUUGCGUGGACUCAUUACGUGUUUCUAAAUUACGUUGUGAUGUUAGUUGAGAACUUUCUUGACGUGAAGUACCUGGUUGCGUGGACUCAUUAGGUGUUUCUAAAUUACUUUGUCCAGACAUUUCUUCACAGAGUGACUCUUCUCCAGCAGUUUCCGUUGUACUGUCUAAGAAAGUCAAAAUGUCAUAGUAAGAAUAUUUCUUCUUCUUCUUACUCCCAGAGCCGGAUGGCUGAUUUUUUUCAGAUAUCUUGUCUUUAUGGUAAGUGUCCCUUGCUGUUCGCCAGCGUUGUUGUAUUUUCUUGUCUGAAAUGACAAAAUAUAAUAAGUAAGUGGCAAAAGUACACACAGUUUCAGAUCAAGUUACCCAAAACCAGUACCAAUAAACGGAACUUGCUAGGGCCUCGCCGGGCGGCGAGUCGUCUACGAUAAUAAACAACGCAUGAGUCCUGUUUAUACUGGUUUUGGGAAGCUUGAUCUGUGGCCGUGUGUACAAAUCUGAUAUUAGUUGGAUAUGAUAACAUUUUCGGCAAAUCAUAGAAAUCUAACGUAGCUAUAGUACUGUAGUUAAAACGAAUUAAAAACUUCUAGCGCUAGCUACUUCCGUGCCCUUUCACGGGUAUUUAUUUUUCUUCUGAAGUAAAAUUCGAGCGGUGCAUGCUGUCUUAUGUCUGAUGUCAGCAUUAUUAAUAUAUUAUGUUAUCAUAUUAUUAAUAUAUUGUUUUUGUUUUCAGAUAUUUGGCAACUGGUAAUACAUUCACUGAUCUACACUAUUCCUAUAUGAUUGGAAUUGCAACAAUUAGCGAAAUAGUAAGACAAGUUUGUUACAUAAUAUGGAUUGAACUAAAGUCUGAAUGUAUUCCACAGCUUAAUGGGAUCAAAUGGAAAGAAAUCGCAGAGGGAUUUCUCACAUAUACAAAUUUUCCUAAUUGCUUGGGUGCUAUUGAUGGAAAACAUAUAAGAGUGAUUCGGCCGCCGCACAGUGGAUCACUAUAUUUUAAUUAUAAGAAAUAUUAUUCUGUAGUGCUCCUCGCAAUGUGUGAUGCUGAUUAUAAUUUUACAUAUAUUAAUGUCGGUACCAGUGGAAGCAACGCCGAUUCAACCAUCUUUAGAAGGAGUCAAUUGUAUACGAAACUGGAAAGUAACACGUUGGGUAUCCCUGACCCGCAAGAGUUGCCUAUUAUUUGCCCCGAAGUAGCUUAUCCAUCUAGUGUAAGAGCAAAGUUGCCGUUCGUGAUAGUGGGAGAUGAGGCAUUUGGUUUAUCAUCACAUAUGAUGCGGCCUUAUGCUCGUGAUAAUUUACCUUACAAAAAGAAAAUAUUUAAUUACCGUCUGUCCAGAGCUAGAAGGUACAUAGAAUGCACUUUUGGAAUUAUGUCAAAUAAAUUUAGAAUAUUUCACAGAUCCAUGACUGUCAAGUUAGAUCUAGCACAAUCAAUAGUCAAGACGGCAUGUCUACUUCACAAUUUCAUAAGGAAACGGGAUGGCUACAUGGUCAGCCAUACAUUUGUCACAAAUGGUUUUACGGGACCACUACCCAGGCAGCAGACUGAAAGUAGUAAUACGUCGGCAAGUAAUAUCAGAGAUAUAUUUGCAGAUUACUUUAUCAAUGAAGGAAAAGUCUCCUGGCAACACCGAUAUAUAAUUAAUUAACUAAACUCAAAAGGUUUUAGAAGGUUUUUGAUGUUAUUUGUGAAUUAAAUAAUUAUGCUUAUAUUAAUAAAGUAAUGAUGCUUGUAUAAAUAAAAUAAUGAACCAAACACAUACCCGCCACUUUUCUUUCCUCUUCGCUCAAAUUUUCGUAGUUAGGUGCCAAUUCCUUCAAAAUAUCUCUCCAUGCAGCCUCCCUCGCGUCCCUGUUUUUGUAUAAUUCAUUGCGUUUAUCCCACAAAACGGGCCGCAGAUGAACUUCAAUGAUUACUCGUUCUGUAUCAAUUUUCAUUUCGGUAGUACAAUACGGCGCGUGCGCCCCGCUCGACUCUAAAAUGGGCACUGAAGUUGUAGGCAGCGCUUACGCAUGCGGAUACCCCGCACCGGGGUGACGCCCCGCACAGCGCCCCGCGUCCCGCGUGCGUUUAUCACGCUUUACAAUAGAUACCUAUAUGAAAUUGUUCUUUGCGGAUGCUACGCAUGCGGGCCAAUCCCGCGUGCGUGAGCAAAUCCGCGUGACACUAAAAGCGCCCUUAUUGCGCAUCGAUAGAGCAUACCAUUUUUGCCAAAUAUUACGAUCUCUGGGUUUUAAAUGUCGGUGAAUGUUGAUUGUAACUUUACCAGUAUCCCCAAAUUUUUGCAGAUAACUUUGCCUAUAUCUCCAACUUUUUACAGAUAACUCUACCUGUAUCCCCAACUAACUUUUAGAGGUAACUAAACCUGUAUCCCCUACUUUUUGCAGAUAUCUUUGCCUAUAUCCCCAAAUUUUUACAGAUAACUUUGCCUGUAUCCCCAAUUUUUUUCAAUUCAAUUCAAUUCAAUUUAUUUUUGCAGAUAACUUUGCUUGUAUCCCCAACUUUUGCGGAUAACUAUGUUUGUAUAUCAACUCAAUAAACAAGGUGCUCCGAGCGAUGCUUGACAUUGUUUUUACCAGUUUUAAACAACUGAACAUUUAUUCCUUAGUAUUGCAAAUUAGCCAUCAUACAUAAAAUCUAUCUUUUUUGGGAUGAAUAAUAAUUAUAUUCAUUGCACAUACACUACAAAUAUACAUGAUACUUUUCAUCAAUUAUUAAGAUAUCUACAGUCUUAAUAACCAAGGCCACAGAAUAUUUUAUAAUACUUGUCUAAUUUGGCGCUAGGAUAGGAAAAGCAGUCUACGAGUAGAAAUAUUUUAAAUCUUUAGCAAUUUUACUACGCGCAUUCUGAUCUUCAUUCUUAUUUAGUUGUUUGUAAUAUCAUAAUAGGCAUUGUUAAUGUACAUAAUAUUAUUUUUACUGAGUAUGUUAAUAGGUUAAAUCAUAUUUUUACAAGGCUUAUUGAGUUUUAGAUUAUGAAAUUUAAUUAACUGGGUUGUAUUUGAUCAGGAUUAGAUCUUCUAGAUGUAAUUCACUAUGGGCUUAGCUCCAUAUCCAAAUACCACGGAAAUUACGCCUAUUUAAAUUAUUAUUAGAGCUCAUUAUUAAAGCCAUUAUAUUACGUGACGACAUAUUGUGUAUUAAUAUUACGUUUUAAAAACCCAGUGUAAUUUUUAUAUUUAUAUGUUAGGUUUUAUUAUAUCUAAUUUUCUUAAAAAUAUUAAUUAUUCUAAAAACGAUUUCGAGAACAUGAUUUAUUUCUUUGAAUUUGGAUAGUUCACUCUUGUCUAUCACGCUACCCUCGGUAUAGUUUGUCUACUUUAGGAAGUCGGAAAACGGACUUCCAGAACUAGUCGCUCGUCUGUACACCUUAUCACCACAUCUAAACUUUCGAUGUAUUGUUAAGGUGUGCAGACAAGCGUUUGACAGUUGACAGACAGCGCGUUGGUGUAUAAUCAAAACAAAGCACGCGUUCAAGAACAAAACGUUCCUUAACUUCAGCUUCAACACAAACCGUCCCAGACGAAUGUCCCAGAACAGAUUCACAAUAUGACAUCAUUUCGCUGACAUCAUUUGCUUGAAUGCAUUUCAAUAAGCGUAGAGUAUUGACUGUCUAGUGUGCAGCGACUCGGCGCGCCGGCGCGUCCGUUCAUAGUCAUAUUUUGUUUUUAUGUAUGUUGUAUCCAUUUUACACUGACAAUCACAUGGUUUCACUGUGAAACAAAUUUAGUUGCCGCUAUUUAUUGCAAAAUGAUGAGUGAUGUCUGUAGAUGAAGGUGUUUAGUUUGCUCACUUGUCCUACUGUUUGGGUAACGGGAAACGCGUAAUAUCCCAAAUCAUAUUUAUCAAAAAACCUGACGUGGGAGUUGUAAAUGGAAGACAAUUUCCACUAAUUUUGCAUUAUGUAGUACUUUCCUGAUAUAUGGAUUAUGGACUUUAAUAUAAGUUGAGUACAUAUUUAUUACACAUUUUGUAUUAUUGAUUGAUAUUUUUCAUAUAGGUAUGUUUACUCAAUUAUUUGUUAGUAAUAAAUAUUUUCACAAGUAUGGAGUAAUAAAAAAAUUGUAAGUCCAUGAAAUAAAUAAAUAGAGCAAAUGCUAUAAUUCGCAGGUACUAGCGAGUAGCGACGUAUGUAAGUGUUAAGUUAACUAGGUGUUUAAUGUGGUACGGAUAUAGUGGAUAGCGAUCUGUUCACGAACGAAUGCCAACCUCAUACGGAGCAGCGUGGCAUUAACUGCCUUCACAACAAUUAAAAACCUUGAAUUGUUGUGAAGGCAGUUAAAAAUUGAUAAAAGCCUAAAUCACAUUUAUGUGCACGGAUUCAAUAGAUGUUUUGCAUAAGAAGAUGAAAAGAUAUUUGAGAAAGUGCAUCUUCAUACGGCAGAUAACUUUGCCUGUAUCCCCAAAUUUUGCAGAUAACUUUACCUGUAUCCCCAACUUUUUCCAGAUGACUUUGCCUAUAUCCCAACUUUAUACAGAUAACUUUGCUUGUAUACCCCAAUUAUUUGUGCCAGUUAUGUUUUAUCGGUCACACCAACCCUACCAACCUCAUGUGGAUUCGUUCAUUGUCAUGUCCCAGGUCGAUUUAAUAACUAACUAAAAAAACUUGACGUAUCUUCGCUCUGAAAAUGUUAACUGAGAUAUAAAAGAGCAAUCUGCUCUUAAUUUCAUAAAUCUUUUCAUCUGUUGUUAUCUAAUAUUACAUUGAUAUUUCAAUAGCAGCCCUGUAGCGUCAUUCUGUAUAAUGUCUUUAUAACUCGAUAGUGUGAGCUUCGAUUUCGUAUCUACUGGUCUUUGUCUAUAGUAUAGUGUUAGAUAAAGAGCAAUAGACAUGCGUUCGAAACUCACGCUGUCGAGUUAUAAUAUAAUGAUAUCAUCGCUGCUCUAAGUGAUGUUAGCAUUCAGCUCGGUCAAUGCGCGAACAUGCUCGACGAGCGAAUCCCACUGUCUAAUUUGUCUACACAUAUUCUAAUUUGCCCGAAUGUGUGAAGACCCUUGAGCAUAUUCGCGUUAAUAUCUAGCAUUGUAAUAUUAUUGGGCUGUGUGAAGAUUAGAAUUUAAAUUACGAUAAAUGCUUUUUAGUAAAACUCAAAAAUAAAUUUUGAUUCCAAUUUUGAUAAUAAUGAUUCAGUGUUGACGAACUGAUCUCAAUUUUGUUAUAUUGAAUCUAAAAGGAGAGUUUCGAUUUAUAUCUAUUUUUGUAUUAACAUAGAUAAGAUUAUUAACUAAUUAAAUUCCAUCGAACUUUUGUAAUUAUAAACGUGCCCUUCACAUGAAUCAAAUGUAAUCGCUAUAAAUUGUGAGGACUAAGUGCGAAGCGAACUGUUCGCGGAGGAACUAGUGUAAAUAAAACAGUUUCCACGU